ACUAGCUAAUGUGCAUGGAGAGAUCAGGGUAGAAUUGAAUCCAGGAGCAGAGGCAAAGUUAGGCAAAUACUCACUGGAAGUUCUCCUUUGUGUAAAAUGACCCUGCCUGUGUGUGCGUCCUGUUGCGAAAGAGAGGCGUGGCCUGAUAGACAUGAUUAGUAGAUUUCCUGUGCUGCCAAGAAGGAGUACAGCAGCCGCACACUACUGGAGAGCUUGCUAGGGAAAUCCGCUCUGCAGAAUCGGGUGUCAUUAUUUACUGAGCGCGGGGGAGUUUCUUUUCACGUGUGAUCCGCUUUCAUGGACUAACCAAGGCAGGAACCAACCGAGGAACGCCUGUGUUUUUGGCAGCCUCUUGCCUUUCGCUCAAGUUGGUGAAACUUACUAAGCAGACUCUAGGGCUGCUCCUGGGUGCUGUUGUUUCCCGAUCUUCGGCUCUUUACAAUCCUUCUCACCCGCUAAUUUCUCCCUGGGCUUUUUCUAAGAGAGAUUCUCGUUGGUGGGCAGGGGCAGCCCCAUUGUUAACGCUGCACUCAGCCUUCUGUCUAUAUUGCUCUAUAGAAGAUGCACUAUUACCGAUACUCUAACCCAGAAAUCAGCUGUUGGUACAAAUACCUGCUUUUCAGCUACAACAUCAUCUUCUGGCUAGCUGGAGUUGCUUUCCUUGCAGCCGGGCUUUGGGCAUGGAGUGAAAAGGGUGUAUUAUCUGAUCUCACGAAGGUAACCCGUCUCCAUGGCUUUGACCCGGUGGUACUUGUCUUGGUGGUUGGAGGAGUGAUGUUCGUUCUGGGAUUUGCUGGUUGCGUAGGAGCAUUGAGGGAAAACAUCUGCCUUCUGAAGUUUUUUUGUGGAGCAAUCGUACUUAUAUUUACGUUGGAGCUGGCUGCGGCAGUACUGGCUUUCUUGUUCCAGGACUGGGUGAGGGACCGGUUCAAGGAAUUCUUUGAGAAUAACAUUAAAUCCUACCGAGAUGACAUCGAUCUACAGAACCUCAUUGACUCAUUGCAGAAAAUUAACCAUUGCUGUGGUGCUCAGGGGCCAGAUGACUGGGAUCUUAACAUUUACUUCAACUGCAGUACUGAAAGCAAAAGUCGUGAGAAGUGUGGGGUCCCCUUUUCCUGCUGUGUACCUGAUCCUGCUCAAAAGGUUGUGAAUACGCAAUGUGGAUAUGACAUCAGAGCACAGAAGAAAAACCAAUGGGACAAUUUAAUUUUCACCAAGGGUUGUAUCCCUGCUCUUGAAGCUUGGCUACCCCGAAACAUCUACAUUGUUGCAGGCGCCUUCAUAGCUAUCUCAUUGCUGCAGAUUUUUGGGAUUUUCCUGGCCAGGUCACUGAUUUCGGAUAUUGAAGUUGUAAAGGCAGGUCAUCUUUACUGAAGACGAAAGCAGACACCAGCUGUGAAGACACACACAUUUCACUGCUAUUGAUUUGACAUCCAGGGAAAAGAAAUUGAGACACACACAGGCCUUGGAGUGCUCCAGGUUUUAAAAGCCUUAUUUUUGUAUCAGCCAGAUGUUACUCCGCUUCUGCUUUUGCUGCAGGCUGGUGCAGAAAGAACACACUGCUUCCUCCCCCAGAUCCCCUUCUCCCCAGUGCAACAUCAGUUUCUUUCUCCAAGGGGAAGACUAGAUGUAAACCUUUUUUGGUGUGGAAGAGAUUCCCCUAAACCUAUGAGGGAUGGAUCAAAAGACUCCAGUAAGCAGAAUGGAAACUGCUAUAAACCAGUCCCUUCCCUUACAGCAGCAAGUUCUUCAAGGUCUGUUUUGUCUUGGCUCCUAGCUACCAUCAUUGGAGGUUGCCAAUGUUGCAUUCAUUAUGUGGAUCAUAGCUGCAUCUGUUGUGAUGUUUGUCAUGGUCUUAGAAGAGAGUGUCCUAAAGAUCGACAAAUGACCGCAUUGAUGGAAUAGGUAAAGGAGGUUACUUAAUGUCUAUUCUCAAAACAUUGUAGUCUGUUCUCGAAACAUCAAGCAUUUCAUUGUGUUCUGUUUGAGUGGAAGGCCCAGGCAGUUAUGUCAUUGGAUUAUUGUGAGUCAUGAUAGUCUUGGUAUUAGAGACAUUUCUUUACAGUCAUUAAGUCUCUAAUUGUCAGAUGGAACCUUAGCUGUGCAGAAGUAGGGAGCGUCCCUAUAUGACCUGAGCUAAUGUCGAUAUUUCAGUAGGGACUCAAAUGCUUGAGUAACCGAAGCCACUUAUUUUGAAAGUUCUUGCCAACAUAAGUUUCUCAAGACGGAGUAAUUUAAUUAUACGUUGAUAGCAUAUUUGGAAAUCUUUUCAUGAGGGUAGGUGGAUUCUCUGAUGCUAUUUCUCCUUUUUAGCUGUUUGUAAAUAGUUUUAAUUUAUAGAGGAGAAAAUCUCACCAUUUGCUUACACUGUUUUGUAGAGCAAUUACUUCUAAAAAGAGUGAUAUCUGCUGGGCUGAAGGCAUUUAAAAAUACUGCUUGGUACAAGAGAUCAUUGAAUAAGCGAUUGUGUCCGUCAAGAGCUCUCUAGUCUGCCAUCUGUUCUCUUUCACACCUGUCCACUGCACUGUUGUUUAUCAUCUUCUUUGACUGUUGAUUGCCAUAUUAGGACUAAAAAGAAAUUAAAGGACAAGCUAAACUCUGUUAGGCCUUUGAUUCAGGAUUUUCCAGGCUAGUCGAAAGCUGAUCUAACGUACAUAAGAGUCUAGAGGAGCACUGGAGUUACUAGCAUUAAUUUAUUUAAAAAAAUCUUUUGAAUGCAUUGUUGUUUCCCAUUCCAUUUGUCCUUUGCUGCUCAGCCUUUCCUGCAAAAAUGCCAGAUCCAGUCAUGCUGAAGAAAUGCUCAGAGCUGCGUCUCCAGAAUAAUGCUGUAGGCCCUGGCCCAAAGUGAGUGCAGCUCCCAUUGAAGUCAAAUGGGUGUGGCUCCCGUUUACACCAGGGAUGAAAUUAAAUCCUUAUGCAGUUUCCUGCAAACUGGGGUGCUUAAGACCUGAUCCAAAGUCCACGAAGUCCAAUGGAAAGACUCCCAUUGACUUCAGUGGCCUUUGGAUCUGGCCUGCAGUGCUAGUCCAAACCAUUCUUCUGCUCUUCUGUGAAAUCAAAAGUCAGAGCAGAAAUAAUUGUAAAAGCUGAAAUGUGUGAUACGUAAUAAGAAACUCUUUUAAACAGUUGUUGCAGUGUCAAUUUUACUGUGGGCUAUUUACUAGCAAACUGUUCAUUGCUUGUAGUGGCACCCUAUUUUUCAGGGAUAGCAGUUACUUGCAGUGCCUAACGUACAUUCUAGUAAAGUAUAUAUUUUUGUAAUUAUAUUUUACUACAUUAAUGCUUGUUUCCAAAGUGUUAUGCUUUCUUAGAAUGCCAAACUUCUGAAUAUAUCUUUUUUUUAUAUAUA